AAUUAGUUGUAAAUGAAAAAGGGUGAAGAGAUAAACAGAAUUUCCUAAAUAUUAAUUUGCAAUGGAGAAGCGAUCUUGUUUAAUAUCUUAUAAUUAAGAAAAUACCCAGGAUUAAGGAAUAUGGCUAAAUUUGUGAUUUUUCUAGUUGGUUUGCUUGCAAUUGUCUCAUCUGCUAAUGGGAAUGAUGGAGGAGGUGGGUGGAUCAAUGCUCAUGCUACCUUCUAUGGAGGUGGUGAUGCCUCUGGUACAAUGGGUGGUGCUUGUGGUUAUGGGAAUCUAUACAGUCAAGGUUAUGGAACAAACACUGCAGCUUUGAGCACAGCUCUGUUCAACAAUGGGUUGAGUUGUGGAUCUUGCUAUGAGAUUAAGUGUGUGAAUGAACACAAAUGGUGCUUACCUGGUUCCAUUUUGGUUACAGCAACCAAUUUCUGUCCACCAAAUAAUGCCCUUUCUAGCAAUGCUGGUGGAUGGUGCAACCCUCCCCUUCACCAUUUUGACCUUUCUCAACCUACUUUCCAGCACAUUGCACAAUACAGAGCUGGAAUUGUCCCUGUUGCUUAUAGAAGGGUACCCUGCAGAAGAAAGGGAGGCAUCAGGUUCACCAUCAACGGACACUCUUACUUCAACUUGGUACUAGUGACCAAUGUUGGUGGUGCUGGUGAUGUUCAUGCUGUAGCAAUAAAAGGAUCAAGAACUCAAUGGCAGUCUAUGUCAAGAAACUGGGGUCAAAACUGGCAAAGCAACAACUAUCUUAAUGGACAAAGCCUUUCAUUUAAGGUUACUACAAGUGAUGGAAAAAGUGUGGUAUCUUACAAUGUUGCCCCAGCUAGCUGGUCUUUUGGGCAGACUUAUACUGGUGGUCAAUUCCACUGAAAAUGAGUAUAUCAUAGUACACACUAAAUUGUUCACUAGUAUUAAGUAUUGUGAUGUUAGUACAUAAUUUUACUCAAAGUUAGUAUAUAAGGUGUAUAUGGCCUGCAAAGUCAAAAAUGAAGAGGGCAUAGUAUAAAGUUGUCCUUUGUCAUUUUAAUUUGAAUAAGGGUAGCCCAGUUUUGGGAACCUAUAAUUCUUGAGGCCAUUGUUUUAGGAUUUCUUUAAUUUUUGUAUCCUUUUUUUCCUUCUGUUGCAAUACAGAAGAGGAUUGCAGUGGUGGACUGUUUUACCACCCGCAAUUAGGAGUGUCUGUAUGAGUUGGAGAAUUUUGAGAACGUUUCUUUCCCUAGCUUUAGCUGGAGAUGGAAAUGGUUGCUUUGUGUUACUAUGUAAUAAUCCAGUUAACUAGUGCAGUAAUGAGCAAUGAACAUGAUGCUCAUUUAUUAAACUUGUUCUUCAUUCUUCUUUUA